UACUGAUUAAGAUCGAAAUUAAAUGCAAUGAGUCCCAUUCAAUUGUCGUUAUCAGCAUUAGAGAUAAACGUGAGCAGUGCAAACUCAGUGAUGUUGUAGAAUUGCACUUUUAAGCGUCAGUUUUCACUCUAGAUCAGACAUGAAAUUUAAAAUUCAAUUAUAAUUGCGAGAUGAACUGUUUGAAAAAUGGAGGACAAUGACAAUAAUGGAAAACAUGGCGUUAAUAUUUUAAUUGAGUGGGUAAACAGUCAGCAUCACUUGCCUCGCAUUUCAGAAAACGAUGCACUCAUGUUCUUACAUUGUAACUAUUACGAUGCAGAGGCUGCCAAAAAGACGAUUGAGAAGUAUUACACUUUUCGAACGAAUUGUACGGACUUCUUCAGACAUCGAGAUGUUAAUGAUCCGGUUAUUGAUACGGCUUUAAAUCUAACGAUGUUUACUGUUUUGCCGAAGUCGACCCCUGAGGGAUACAGAAUAGCAUAUUACCGAUUAAUAGAUACGGACACCACCAACUACGUUUACCUUGACAAUGUAAAGUUUUUGAUAUUAUGUCUUGAUCUGUGGAUGAAGGAAGAAGCAUUUGCGCCAGGCCACGUUAUUAUUGUUGACAUGGAGGGAAUGAACCUAGGCCACGUGGCCAAGAUGAAAAUCUCGGUCUUGCGAAACUAUGUCUACUACACUCAGGAAGCGCUUCCGAUCAGGCUGAAACAGUUACAUUUUUUAAAUGUUGUUCCCUUCAUGGAUAAAGUCAUGUUUUUGGUAAAACCAUUUCUACAGAAAAAAGUUGUUGAUGUAAUGCACAUGCAUACGAACCUACAGACGAUGCUCAAAGCGAUCCCGGUGGAAUGUUUGCCGGAGGAGUACGGAGGCAAUGCUGGAAAGAUUAAAGAUCUUAGAGAGGCGUACAACCAAAAACUAUUUAAAAGACGACUCGAAUUCCUGACGGAGGAGACAUUAGCUGUUGUAGAUAACAAUAAACGUAUUCCAGCCCCUAGACGAUUCAUGUUUGGUUUAUUUGGGAGGUAACGCUAUACUCAAGAAAUACUUAUUUAACCCUGAAAAAGGCAAACUAAAAUUCUGACUUCAAUAAACAUCGCUCCUAAGACCCAAUGAAAUCAAAAACCUAUUUUUUGUCGUUUUAUUAGUGAGAGAAUCGAAAGCCCGGAAACGAUCGAUCAUUUGUAUAUCAAAUUACAAAUUCAUUGAAACUAGAGAACUGGAACUAGUCGGGCCUCUGAGACCCCUUGCCUUUUUGAGGGUUAAUAGUUAUUGAGAAUUUAGAUAUUUAUAGUGUAAUAAAAUGAGAGGAACAAUGUUAUUCAAA